GCGCGGCAGGAUAUCGUCAUCGUGACGUCUCGGUGACUCCUCCUUUCCGGUGGUCAUGGCCGAGCUCCGCCGGAACUUCAGCAAGGCUGUUUACAGCCUGAAAGGGCUCCACUGCCAGCCGUGUCAAUCUUUCCAUGGCGCCCAAGGAAAACGAGUUUGUAGGGCGUCCGCGGACGCCGCACCGUACCGCGCGGUUCAUGGAAGCGGGUGUCACGUUCUCGGAGCUUCCACCGCUCACCGGCUAAAGAAGGACCAGCGUGUCCAGGGAAGUUCCGGCGAGAACCGGUGCCGUGGAGAGGACGCAGUGUCAGUGACAGGAGGAGCACUGGGGCCGAGUGACCGGGCCGACCGGUCGGAAGUGGACAUUCUGACCGGUGCAAGAUGGCACCAUGUGAACCUCCGGGGCUCUGGUCCGGGGAUGUCUCGGUCCGAGCUGUUAAAGAAAUCCGUCGGGUCAGACCGCUGUACGUGGCUGGGGACGGAGGGCGGACAGAGCCGGGCCCGGGUGUGCGGUGACGGGGCUUCGCGCUGGGGGACUUGGGGACCUCCGACAGUCCGAAGGGACAUCUUCACCGCCGGUGAUCUUCCACUAAAGGGACUGUGCACUUUACUGAGGCCGAGCGCAGGGAACGCGAGUCUGCUCGGUCUCCGCUUGGAGGCGGUCGUGGUGCGGCUUUCCCGGAGCCACUCCUGGACAGGUGGAAAAAGCGGCUCAUCAGCGCCUCUCUACAGAAGCAGAACGGCGUACUACGACAUCCUGCAGCUGUCUCCCUGCGCCACCCAGGCUCAGAUCAAGACUGCGUAUUACCGGCAGUCCUUUAUCUACCACCCGGACAGGAACGGGGGCAGCGAGGAGGCGACGCGCCGCUUCUCCGAGAUCAGCGAGGCCUACAGCGUCCUGAGCAGCAUCGGCCUGCGGAGGAAGUACGAUCGCGGUAUCCUCACGCAGUCCGACCUACAGGGCGCGGGGAAUCGCUCCGCCAAUGAGCGGGAGGAGUCCGGCCCCGCGGCCCCUGGGCACGGCAAGAAGUCCCGGCCCGCGACGUCAGGGCGGAGGAUCCUGUUCGACUUUGACGCCUUUUACGAGGGACACUACGGGGAGCAGCUACGGCGGGAGAGGGAGUUGCGCUGGCGGAGGGAGCAGCAGCUGCACCGCAAGCAGGAGGUCCUCCGGCGCCGGAGACUGCUCAGGGUCACGGAGCUCUCGUUUGUGGUGCUCUUGGCUUUGGCCGCGGGUGUGUUUUUUAGUUUGCGUUCUGUGAAAUAAAUCGUGACUGCAGGCAGCGCGGAACAACUAGUGGGCGGAAAGUUGUCUUCACACACAGGCGGCCCAACGGUCCUUUAAUUUAUUACUACUUUCACGUCAUUACCUCAUAAAUAACCUGCUUUGGGCGUUGAAAUACUUUCUUCUGGGCCAAAGUUAGGCGAACAUCUCGUUGUUCUAGUUUUUCAUUAGAAUACACCAAAAAAUGUUACUGUCGGCGUUAAAUAGAAUUUAAAAACAUGGAAAGUAUUGAAAUAUUCAUUUUGUACUUUAAGCCAUUAAAACACUUGACAUUCUCACUUAAUGCUAGUUAAAAAGUUGAAAAAGUACUUCAUAAUGCAAUCCGUACCAUAACUCUGGCCUAUAAUUCACUCUGCUGAAUUAAAUAGGGAAAAGCAUGUAUAAAAAGGGCACAGUUUUUGUGGUUAUAAGGCAUUACGACACAUCCAGUGUAGCAGGUUCCACAUUAGAGAUGAUCGCUUCCCUUUGCUGCACAGCAAUGACUACUCAUGGUGUCAGAGGCCUUCGUAGUGGGGAAGGAACAAGUCCGCUGUGGUUUCAGCCCACUUUUACACCGGCGCGCGAACAGACAGGAUUCCGCGCGAUCCCUUGGGAAAGCUUUGGCGUUAGGAGUGGUUGAAUGGCCCGUGCGACUUCUGUGGGCGAAGUUGCGUUUCCCAUCAAGCUGUGCGGCGAGCCCUCGGGACGUGGCGGAAGAGCGGAGCGGCCAAGACGACGCAGGGAGAUCAUUCGAACGUCGCACAUCUGUCGUCAGUGCUGAACAUCCUGAAGCAACGAUGGAUUACUUCAGAAUCAUAGUCCAAGUUCCCCAAAGAUAGUCGCUCAAUGGAAACGGUACCCUGACAUACUGUAU